AUGUCUACUGCCGCAGACAAUCUCGCCGACGCCCUGGCCAACACUACCCUCAACGGCACCAACGACUCUGCGCAGGUCGAGGCCGCUGCUGCCAGUGCCGAUGAGGGUCGUCGGUUGUAUAUUGGGAAUCUCGCAUAUGCGACCACUGAGGGGCAACUCAAGGAGUUUUUCAACAGCUACACCAUUGAGAGCGUUGCGAUUCCUGUGAACCCCCGUACUAACCGCCCAGUUGGCUAUGCCUUUGUUGACCUUGCCACUGCCCACGAGGCCCAGGAUGCUAUUCAGCAGCUCUCCGGCAAAGAAAUCCUCGAGCGCAAGGUGUCUGUGCAAGUUGCUCGCAAGCCUGAACCUGCUGCUGAAGCUAAGGAAGGUGCAGUGAGUGGCGGUGAAGGUGCUAGUGGUGGUGAGGGCCGCAAGAGGGGCUCCACUCGUGGACGUGGACGUGGCCGGGGUCGUGGUGGCCGUUUUGCCCGCGGUGGUCGUCCUCGCACCGAGCCUAAGGAGAAUGGCGAACCGGAAGCCGCUGUGCCAACCAACGUUCCUGGUCAAGCCGUUCCUUUAACCGAAGCCGCUACUGAGAACGAGUCCGCUGCUAAAGAGACUAAGACUCAUGCUCCCCGUGUCCAGAAACAACGUGGACCCCCCGAAGAUGGUAUCCCCUCCAAGACCAAGGUCAUGGUUGCCAACCUUCCUUAUGACCUCAAUGAGGAGAAGCUUAAGGAACUUUUCAAGGACUACGAGCCCCAGUCUGCCAAGAUUGCUCUUCGUCCAAUUCCUCGCUUCAUGAUCAAGAAGCUCCAGGCCCGUAAUGAACCUCGUAAGGGUCGUGGAUUUGGCUUUGUCACUCUAGGCUCCGAAGCUCUCCAGGAGAAAGCCGUCCAAGAGAUGAACGGAAAGGAAAUUGAAGGACGUGAAAUCGCCGUUAAAGUCGCUAUCGACAGCCCUGGCAAGGAAGAUAUCAUCCCAGGGGAAGGCAAUGGGCAGGCGGCUGCUGAGCCUGCGGCCGCGGAGACCCCUGAAGCUGCCGCUUAA